AUGUCGCGUCAACCGCCCGGAGACAACACGCCCUCACGCGACGUGGUGCUUCCCCAUCCGGCAGAAGACCUCUCGGCGGACGAUGACCUUCUAUCCUGGGUUCUGGUGGACCAGCUAGGAUCCAUGCCCAACACAAAGCUCGGUGUACAUCCCCAGCAGGUCAAAUUCGUUGGACCUGUCUUCAAGACCGACGAAGUCUUGAAUAUAGUUCGGGAGACUGUCACAAAGGGAAACAUACAAGCAGCUAUGCAGAGGCUACAAGAGUUUCAUCUUUUUCGGCAACAUAUUGACACCAAAAUCACAGCCGGCCAAAAGGAACGCUUCAUAAAACAUCUCCGGCGAUAUUUGCUGGUACUACAGCCCGCGUCGCGACUCGAAAUACACCUCACAUCCCGAUACACUUUCAUCACUGGGCACACCGAACUCGCCGUCUUUGCGACUAGACCCUUAAUCCCGGGCACUGUCAUGCAAGAGCUACAAGGCAGUGUUGUACCGCUCCCAAAUGAAUGGAGAGAAGAGAUGGACAUUGGAGAUGACUACGCGGUGGAGGCCGCGGGGGAAGAGUCUGACUCUGAAGAUGAAAACGCGAUGGAGGAAGAGGACGAUGGAAGAGAUACCGAAUCUGCGGCAGAAGGAUCGUCACGCCGGCGGAGAGCGAGAGAGGAGAGGAAGCAACAGGGUCAGAGGAGGAGUGAUCGGACGAAGAGGAGAGAUUUCAGCAUCGUCUGGUCGGGGUUGAAGCGGUGCUAUCAGCUGUUCUUGGGCCCGGCCAGAUUUCUGAAUCAUGACUGCAACCCCAAUGUUGAGCUGCUCAGACAAGGAAACUACGUGACCUUUCGAGUGACAAAGCCCAUCAAGAUUGGUGACGAAUUGACAACGUUCUACCUGUGUCUCACAUGCGAGCAGCAAGAGAAAGGUGGCUUCGCGCCGAAACCUCCUCCAACAUCUCGAGCUUCGUCUCGGCGCGGCACCCGGGGUCUCUCGACAACGUCCGACAGUCAAUACCGGUCUCGCCGCGGCUCAACUCACGACUCGACGUUUGUUCGCGAACCCAGCUCUUUACGAAAUGAGGUCACUGUGAAAGCAGAGCCCAUGUCUGAUAAUGAAGAAGAGGAAGAGAUAGACUUUGGCCCUUCCAUGACCCUGUUGGCGCAGUCCGGAAGAGGAACAGAAGAAGGUUCUUUGUCUGCUGUGGCAGAGGUGUCUAAUGCUGUCACUCCCUUCGAAGAUAAUGAGGAUUGGGGUAACGUCAAAAGGGAAUCAAGUGUGGCUACAGAAGACGAGGAGAACGGACCCCCUCGUCGAGAGCGCUACGCUCGAAAGGCCACUCAGGCAUUGAAACCUUGGCUCGAGCCAAAGCAUAAAGGAAAGUACGUCGAACAGGAGGUCCAAUAUGUCGGCAACGACGAGGAUGUUCCCUGUGAUUUCCCUCGAUGUGCCACAUGUGCCAAGCCCUUGACGGAUCAAAUCUGGUAUAAUGGCCGAUAUUUUGACCACUGUCAGAGGUGCGUUCGACAUGCACUUGUCUUUGAUCUCCCGUGGCCGGCCCAUCGUUCUCAGGAUAUCCAAGAAUAUCCCCCCGCCCAUCUCGUCCCUCCUGGAUUCAUUCCUCGCAAAAUCUCCACAGUCCCACUUCCUUCUCUCAGUAAAGCCCCGCGCAUCAAACCUGUCAAAUUCAUCGUCACGGAAGAACAAGAUGGCUAUCACGAUGGCUUCUACGAUCGUCGCGCCCGCCGUUUGCGCGACGAGAUCGACGCCGAAACUUUUGUCAUCGAGUCUCUGCGUGAAGCUGCCUGGUCUGUCCAGGAAGCUAGAGAAGCGGCUCAAGAGGCUAAGGAGGAGGAAAAAAAGCGAAGACUGGAGGAGAAGCGCAAGCUGGAUGCUACGCGGGUCAAGGGAUCUGGUGUAUGGUCCCGAUACGAGUACGUUGACGAGCAAGCGAUGCGGAAAAAGGAAGAGGACAGAUGGAAGGUCCAACCGGGUCUCACCAGACGAGGAACGGUCCGAAGUGUCCCUCAACCGGACGGGGACGAUGAAGGGGAGGAUCAAUGGCAACCAAUCACGGUCAAACAGGAAGUGCAGUCGGAGGACGAAGAUUCCGGAGCCAAGACCGAGUCUGAAGAGGAUCUCAAUCGACGAAACGCCAACAAGGCAGCAGGCUUGGCGAAGAGACGAGAAACCAUCAGGCUCGCGAGAGAAAAGAAGCAGGCUCAAGAUGCAGCGAGAAGGAUCCGCGCAGCAGAGCAGAAGCAAAAGAGAGCCGAGAAACUGCGUGAAGAAAAGGAGGAGAAGGAGAAGCGAAAGACGGAGGGGGCGAGUAGCAGCGAGGAAGAAGAAGAGGACCGCCAAGUCUUCAAGCGAGUAACGCGGAGCGGCGGCAAGCAUAAUCCCAUCGUUAUUGAUGGCGAGGAUGAUAUCCAGCCUGCUGUACGACGGCCCCCUCGCGCUGUCGAGAAACGACCACGUGCUUGGGGUACACAAGGAGCGCCCAUUGUCAUUGACGAUGACGACCUGGAGGACGAGAUUCGGGUGGCCGCCGUUGCCGGCCAUGGCCGUGCCCAAAUGGCAAGGAAGUCCGGGCCCUCGUCUAAGCCAGCUCGUAGCCAAUCAGGAGUCGGUGAUGGACCGCAGGAAUCUCGCGCAUCGACUUCCGCCCAAAGGUCAAAGUCUACGCCCAAGCAAACCCCCCGGUCAGGUUCUACUGGUGUCAGAUCUAGUGGUAGAAAAACAAAGCCUACCCCGAAAGUGCUGGAACAACCUGUCUCCGGAAGCCGGCCUAGGAGAAAGACUGCGGAUGUCGCUACGGACGCAUCUUCUGGGACUCCUCAGAGCCGGACGCCACGGCUUGUAUUGAAGAUUGCUGCUGCCAGACCUGUACAAUUGAAUGGGGCGGAAGUCAAUGGCGCAUCAUCACCCGGUCCUUCGUCGACAUCUGCCCGCCUCACAACAACCCCCAUCGCACCUUCCAGCAACACCUCUAUCCAGAGCGAGUCGCUGAGAAAAAGGGGAAGACCUCCAGGGACUGGCAAGUGGCAGAUCGCUGCUGCUGCUCGCGCGCGUUCUGCGAAGGACAAGGCAGCACACGCUCCCGAACAAGGUGAUGGUGCCGGUCCGUCAAUCGUAAACGACAUGGAGAGGCAGAAGGAGAUCCUGCUGCAAGCAGCUGUCGCUAGUACUCCCGAGGAGUCAACGUUUGGGACGGGCAACUUCGACAGCAGGAGCCCGGAGAAGCUCAGGGCAAACGAGGCGAUAAGGAGUCCGCUGAAUGGCAAAGAGAAGAACAAUGGCGUGGCCGGCGGAUCAACUCAUACAGAUAAAGGCAAAGGAAAGGCUGUACACCCCAUUGAGUAUCCUGACUACAGCGCUUCCGCCUCCAAGGUGCUCAAGAAGGUUGUGCCCCCUGCUUCGUUUUUUGCCACCGCCGCUCAGCAUGCCCAAUCUGCAAAGGUUCACCCACCUCCCUGGUCGUACCCUUCUCAGCCACCUGCCGCCCAAUCUUCAAAGGUUCACCCACCUCCCUGGUCGUACUCUUCUCAACCACCUGCCAUUCCCAAGCUGGCCGAUACUACGUUGAACGGGGCAUCCAGCUAUAAGAAAAACUUGAGCACCUCUGCCCCUCGGAGAAGCGAAGUAGCCACGCCAAGCGCUUCGUAUAAACCUGGAUCGUUCUCUACCAAUGGAGACCACCGACAGUCGACAACAAAGAGGUUAAUCCCCAGCGAGGAUAUGGUGGCCAGGAGCGCGCGAGAGGAUGUCAAGGGCAAGAAGCGAGCCCGACCAGAUCCCGAGUCUCCAUUCCCGUCGCCCUCUCAACCUCUGUCGAAGAAGACGCGAACCGACGUUCUGCAUUGA